AUGUCUGCAUUCAAAUCGACUCUUCUCCUUGCGGUCACCCUUGCUGUGGCGAAUUGUGGACUCAUCAAGUUGCCCACCGUGCCAUCUGGAAUUUUGAGCAAUCUUGGUGCCACUGGUAAUGUCGCUGGAAACAUUGGUGCUACUGCCACUGGAGCCCUUCAAGGAGCCCUCAACACUGGAUCGUCCGCCACAGGAGCUGUCAACGCUGUAGGCAACGUUGGAACAGCUGCCACUGGUGCAAUUGGAGGAGCCGUUGAUGCUGCUGGAAAUAUUGUCGCGUCUGCAACUGCUCUUCUCAGUUUUCCGCUGACCUCGUUGCUCAAAAUUACCGCUGAUGAUAUUGCUACUCUUGCUGCUGAGUUUGCUACCGAAAUUGCUGCGCAGGAAUCUGGAAGUGUCAAUGGGGUUGUCAAUGGAGCUGCUGGAAUUUCCGGAAAUGCCAAUGCUGCUAUCAACGCUGCUGUUAAUGCUGCUGUGAAUGCUGCAUCCGAGGCCUCUGGAUCUGCUAAAAUUGUUGCUAAACUUGCUGCUGAACUCGAAGCCCAAGCAAACGGAAAUGUUGAUCUUCAAGCAGCCGCACAUAUUACGGCCGAACUUUCGGGACAUGUCGUUGGAAACGUGGAUAGCCAAGCUGCUGCAUCAAUCGUCGCCAAUUUUGUUGCCUUGUUCUUUGCAGAAGCUCACGCUAGUUUCGAUGCCACGGCUUCAAUUGUUGCAGAUGUGUCUGCUCAACUUUCUGCUAAAGCUCUAGGAAGUGCUGAUGCUAACCUUCAAGCAGCCGCUUCGAUCGUCGCUGAACUUGCUGCUCAGCUUUCCGCACAAGCUCACAGAAGCCUCGAACCAUCUUCUCAAUUGACUGCCGAUAUUUCAGCUGCCGUUUCUGCCAAGCUUUAUGCAAAUGCAGAAAUCAAUGAAAAUGCAGAUGCUAAUGCUAUCAACUCCCUCAUUGCCAAGUUUUCUGCCAACAUUGCCGCUGAAAUUGAAGUAUCCGGAACUGCUAACGCUGAAGCUGCUAUUUCAGCUUGUACUUCCUUGGCUGCCCAAAUUUCUGCCCAAAUUGAUGCUGGAGCAACCAUCACCGCCGAAGCAGCUGCUGAACUUUCUGCUAGUUUCGCUGCUGAUCUUACCGCAAAAGCGAAUGUUAACGUGACUGCUUCAUUCGCUGCCGAGUUUGCUGCUGCAGUUGGUGCCGAAGUAUCUGGACAUGCUGAAGCCACUGCUGAGGACAACAAUUAA